CGAUAUUUUUACCACACAGCAAUUUUUCAGCUCAGCUAAAAUUUUCACAAUAUUCAACGAUUAGCAUCAUUUCAAAAUAAAUAAAUAUUCGAUUCAAUACGACAACGCGGAAUUCCGCACAUCAGCUGGUUGUCACUGAUAUGUCAAGUUUGACUUUUAUUAUUAAAAGCAAGGGUAUUUCUUGUAAUUUACAAGCAAAUUUUUCGCGAUUGUUUUCAUUACUAUUUAAGUACUAUCAAAGUAAAAUAAAGUGUAUUAAAACAUAAAAACACGCAGAUAAAAUGCGUGAACUACCAAAAACACUCAGCAUUACGGUGCCCACACCUGGUAGUACAGUGCCAUCAGGAGCACCAUCCUCCACUGGAAGACAGGCUAGCCUUGAAGACAUACAUUUAGAUCAGUUCCUCAAAACAUCUAACUAUGAAGAUACAGUGAAACAAUUAGACAUAUACUAUGGCAUUGUCAAACGACAAUUAUUGCGCUUCCAAAGUCCCAUAACUGGUCUAUUUCCGGUUAUGAGUACGGAUCAUGAAGUGGGCUCAGUGCGUGAUAGUGUUUACUGCGCAGCAGCUGUGUGGAGUUUAUAUCAAGCAUAUCGUCGUAUUGAUGAUGACCGCGGCAAAUCCUAUGAAUUGGGUCAAUCGACUGUGAAGUGCAUGCGCGGCAUUCUAGAAUGUUGGGUGAAACAGGCACGUCGUGUGGAAGUUUUCAAACAGCGUCAAUCCAAUCAAUAUGCUUUGCAUAGUAAAUUUCAUUUGCAUACUGGUGAAGAAAUUUACGCCGAUGAUGCCUACAAUCAUUUGCAAAUCGAUUUGGUAUCUUUGUAUAUAAUAUUUUUGGUGCAAAUGAUCACAUCGGGUUUGCAAAUUAUCUACACGCAGGAUGAGGUUGCUUUUGUGCAGAAUUUGGUUUAUUAUGUUGAACGCUCCUAUCGCACACCCGAUUUUGGCAUGUGGGAGCGUGGUUCCAAGUACAAUAAUGGCACACCAGAAAUACAUGCUUCAUCUAUAGGCAUGGCUAAAUCCGCUUUGGAAGCUAUUAACGGUUGUAAUCUGUUUGGCGAGAAGGGCGCUUCGUGGAGCGUAGUUUAUGUGGACAUUGAUGCGCACAAUCGUAAUCGCAGUAUUUUUGAGACAAUGCUGCCAAGAGAAUCCAGCUCUAAGGGUGUUGACUCUUCACUGCUGUUGACAUUAUCAUUUCCCGCCUUUGCAUCGCACGAGGAACGCUUAGUGGAGCAAACCAAGCAUAAUGUCAUUACGCGUUUGCGUGGCAAGCGUGGCUUCAAGCGUUUCAGUCGUGAUGGUUUUCUUAGCAAACUUGAAGAAAAAGAUAGACGUUACUAUCACAACGGCGAACUGAAAGAUUUCGAAGGUCACGAAUGUGAAUGGCCACUGUUUUAUAUUGAAAUGAUCAUUGAUGGCGUCUUCAAGAGCAACUCGGAGCAAAUCGAAGAAUAUCAAAAUGAAUUGCGCAAUUGCUUGCAUACCGAUGUCAAUGGUGAUCCAGUGGUCACCAUGUAUUAUGCGCCAGACGGUGAGGGUUCCUAUGUACGCUCGCCCUCGCAAACGCUUUUCCUUUGGGGACAAUCAAUGUUUAUUAUUGCGCAGCUACUAACCGCUGGUCUACUACACAUCAAUGAAUUAGAUCCAAUACGCCGUUAUCUGCCGAGCUACAAUCGCCCACGACGCGGUGGUCGUUACUCAGCAUUUCAGGGCACCGCCACCGAUUUGGUUGUGCAGAUUGUCUUAAUUGCGGAAUCGCAACGCUUGCAAGCAAUGAUGGCAACUUAUGGCAUACAAACGCAAACACCGCAUGAGGUUGAACCCGUGCAAAUUUGGUCUUCCACCGAAUUGAUUAAAGUGUAUCAACAUUUGGGUGUAAACAAUAAAGUUGGCCUAACCGGUCGUCCGGGCCGACCAGUCGGCUCCUUAGGCACGAGCAAAGUGUAUCGCAUCUGCGGCAUGACUGUACUUUGUUAUCCACUCAUUUUUGAGGUGUCCGAUUUCUAUUUGUAUCGUGACAUGGCGCUACUGAUUGACGAUAUUAAAACCGAGUUACAAUUCGUCGGCAAAUACUGGCGUCUCUCUGGACGUCCGACAGUGUGUCUGCUGAUACGCGAGGAGCAUAUGCGUGAUCCGCAAUUCAAAGAAAUGCUCAACUUGUUGGCUAUGCUAAAGAAGGGCUACUGCGAUGGCAUGAAGGUGCGCAUCGGACGUCUGCAGAAUUUGAUAAGCAGCUCAUGCAUUGAACAUCUUGACUUUAUGAACCAAAGCAAUUUGCCGGACAAUGAAAACGCUUUUGUGCAAAUCAAUCAUGAGUACAUUGGCUAUCAGUCGUUGACCGACGUGCCGAAGGCGCUGUCCUAUGUUGAGCAGAAAAUUUCGCUAGAUCACUUUAAAAACAGACCCACACAUGAAAUCAUUGACAGCAUGCGCAGUACCGAGUCCAUUUAUUGUCUCUGUCAAUUGUGGGGCAUUUUAUUGGAGCGUGAGGGCCCCAAUUUCGAAGUCAAUGGCCUGAGCGUCAAUCAAGCGCUCACACAACUCUAUCAUCGUGCCGGUUCGUUGCGUUACUGGCGCGCGGUGCGUUACUGUUCCUCUCUCCUCCAUCACAUAGUCGAUUCAAUCAGUCCGUUCAUCACCACGGUGCUGGUCAAUGGCAAGGAGUUGACUGUUGGUGUCAUAGGGCAAAAGGAGACGAACUUCGAUAAACCGAUGACACCGGCGGAGAUACAGAAUGUCAUGUACACGACAGUGCAGCCAUACAAUGUGAUACAGGCGGUGUUGCAGCAAGAGGUUGUACUGUAUUGUGGACGUUUGAUUGCCACAAACCCAUCCAUGUUUAGGGGCAUAUUGAAGAUACGCGUCGGUUGGGUUUUGGAAGCUAUGCGUCUUUACUUGCAGAUGUCUGGCCAGGAAUCGAUUGAUUUGGAAAACCUUUCUCCCUAUCAAGUGCGUAUACUCUUGCAAAAGGUGUUGACUGUUAGCGAAUGGGCUGUAGAGGAAAAACUCACCACCUUGCAACGCCGCCAAUUGGAGGGUUGCCUCUGCCGCGUACCAAAACAUUUCUACAAUAAAAUCUGGGAAAUUCUGCAACGCACACAAGGUAUUACCACACAAGGUCAUCUGUUGCCCACCGUACCAACACUUGUGAAUAUGAGUCGUGGUGAGAUCACUUUCUCAUUGUUGGUGGAAGAGACUUUAAUGUGUAUAGACUGUCCGGAAAGGCGUCAAAUCACUGUAGAACUCUUAUGCAUCAUCGCCACAAUAUUGAAUCGCAAUCCCGAGUUGCAUUUCAAGCAAGCGCUUGAUAUUGAUGACAUAAUCAGCGAGGCGUUCGGCAUGUAUUGCAAGGACAACAACAUCGAGCGUCAGAAUGACAACAACAUGCAAGCUUUCUAUGCACUCAUUUAUACCGAAACCACCGGCUAUUUGGCGCGCGCCGCUGUCAACAAAGUGCUGCAAGGUGGCGCUUUAUCUACACUCGAUGAGAAUGGCUUCUCGAAUGGCACGGAUCAUUUGCAUGAUGAGACGUGUCAUGUUUCUUAAAGCAAUAACAACAAAGCAAAAUCGUAGUUGGAUUUCCCCACGCUUGCCAAAGUUAUGAACAAUCUUUAAUCGCAAUAAGUAUACAUUAAUCUGCAUAUUUACAAUUAGUUAUAUAUAUAUACAUACGUAAGUGUAUAUGGUAUAUGCUUAUUUAGCACAUUUAGUCCAUAUUAGUUUUGAAAUCGUGAAUUUACCCACCUUGCGCGACAAUUUUGCAACCCCAAACACUUGUUGCGUAUAGCUCAACUGGUUUCUAAUUCAACUCGUUAGCAAAUCUCUCGUUAAUUGUGCUCUCUUCGUAUAUGAGUUUAGUAAGAGUAAUGCCUUUUUCUUCUAGUAAUUAUUAAAUUAUACAAAACUCUUUGUUAAACAAAAACUUUGAGAUUAUGUGUAAUUGACUUGAUACGUUUAGUAUUUGCGGAACGUUUCUUAAGAUUCGAAUUUGUUCCAAAAAUUGUUUUAAACGCAAAUGUUUUUUUAGUUUAUUUAACACGUGCCUUUUUUUCGAACGCACCCAGCUCAAAUAUACUUGUUACUUACGCAUAUUGCACAAUAUUAAUUACCAAUAUUUUCCAAAUGUGUUUACGAAAUAAAAUGUAAUAUUUUAACUGAAUUA